AUGACUAGAUCAGAGGAAGCCAAUAGCCAUCCGGUUGAGAACCGUGAUGAUGUAAAGUUCCUAGUAACCAGUGCCGAAUUAAAAGCAAUUGUAAAUGAAGCAGUUGACAAAGCCUUAGCGCGACAGUAUAGUGAAUUCAGUGAAACCCACAGUAAAACCCUGUCUGCACCUCAUGCUAAGCCAAAGAACCAUUCUGAGGUUCGCAACAAGCCGCCACCUGCUUCUCCCAAACCUAAGAAAGAUGGGGAUCGUCAUUCCUCCAAUGAAAACAGUGUUCACCCUAAAAAGCUUGUGGUCAUUAUGCCACCCAGAUUCCUUCGAGGUAGAGGCAAAGGACCCGUGACAGGUCAUGGUCACGAAGCCGGGCCUUCGCACCGGCGAACCCCAUCCAUUACUAUGAGCACCAGCCCGCAAGAGCCCUGGAGACUCUAUGUCGAACCAGGAAGGCGAUCAGUAUCCCUUAGCUCCUCUCCUUCGUACCAACAUUCAUUUGGGCCCAAUUCUGAAAACGAACCCAAUAACCAGCCUCCAGCUUUCAUACCUCUCCAAAGAUCCAAUUCUCACCAUUCUUUUGGCAGCCCAACACCCGUCUUCCAAAGCCGGUUUAACCCGGCUAACCUUUUGCCUGAACCCAUGGGUUUUAACCCACUCGGACCGGGAGACCACUUUCCAGAGGAGAACGACAUGGAUGAGGAUACUGACCCCGUGGAGCCAGCAUCAGGAACGCCGAACCAUCCCAUCGAAAUAUCAGAUGGGUCAUCAUUCCAUGGAUCGCCAUAUUGUGGUCCAGACAGCUACGAGGAAAGGUUCCGAAACAUUGACUGGUACUUCACACCGUCUGAACACUCGCAUCAUGAGCAGCAACAGGAUCCUUCAGUGGGUCAUCAAUUUGUGGCAGUCACGCCACCGCCGCCACCGCCAGAGGAAGAAGACCCCUAUGAUGGUGGUCCGUCAAGCCCCAUACCAGAUGUCAACUCAGUACCUGUGGUACCACCUCUGGGUUUCGAUAACCCGAUUCCUGCAUAUGCUGGGUCAGCGGCGUACAACCCAUUUGAGCAGCCGGCACACACCCACUACAACUACAACUACGGUUAUGCAGAGGUAGAUCCAUACCUAGUAGCUCGGGAUUACAAUGCCCUUCAUCCUGAAGGACCAUAUGGAGGGCCAUGGACUACUGUUUACCCGACUUAUGGGUACCAGCAUCAGCCACCUCCUCCGCCGGUGUAUCAGCCGCCUCAGCCACCGAUUCAACAGGAAGUCCUUGAGAGGCUGAGCCAAGUUGAACAAGAAGUUCGUGAAGACCACAAAGAGCGGCAAGGAUUUUUCAAGGGGCUGUCAGAUUUGCUUAAGGGGAAAUCGAAGAGGAGGGGUCAUUGA